UCUUUAGCUUUCUUCCAUUUCUGCAAGAAACUCCUUUUCUUCUCUACCUCUCAUCUCCACAAUGGAAACUUUACUGCUCUUAUUCGGUGUCGCCGCCGCCACCUCUGUUUAUCUCCUUUGGUUCUCCCUCCUCGCGCAGCGCCUCACCGGCCCCAAAGUCUGGCCGGUGGUGGGCAGUCUCCCGUAUCUAUUCAUGAACCGUAGGAGGAUACACGAUUGGAUCGCCGGAAACCUCCGUGCCACUGGCGGCGCCGCCACCUACCAGACGUCCACCAUUUGCUUGCCGUUUGUUGCAUGGAGGCAAGGGUUUUAUACCGUGACCUGCCACCCGAAGAACAUCGAGCAUAUUCUCCGAACCCGGUUCGAUAAUUACCCGAAAGGGCCGACGUGGCAGAGCGCGUUUCAUGAUCUCUUGGGGGAGGGGAUUUUUAACAGCGACGGGGAUACGUGGCUGAUUCAGAGGAAAACGGCGGCGUUGGAGUUCACGACGAGGACGCUCCGGCAGGCCAUGAACCGGUGGGUGAACCGGACGAUCCGGACCCGGUUGUGGGUUAUUUUGGACAAGGCUUCCAGGAACCACAGGGCCGUUGACUUGCAGGAUUUGUUGCUCCGUUUGACUUUUGAUAAUAUCUGUGGGCUGACCUUCGGGAAAGAUCCCGAGACUCUCUCGCCGGAAAUGCCGGAAAAUCCGUUUUCGAUCGCUUUCGAUUCUGCCACGGAGGCCACGAUGCAGAGGCUAUUGUAUCCCGAUUUUCUAUGGCGGUUGAAGAAGCUUCUAGGCGUCGGAGCUGAGAAAAGGCUCCAGAGUUGCCUCCAGGUUGUGGAGAAUUACAUGUCGGAGACGCUGGAGGCGCGUAAACAGACGCCGUCCGACGAUCUCCUCUCGCGGUUCAUGAAGAAGAGAGACGCCGACGGGAACCUCUUCCCCAACGACGUUCUCAAGCGCAUCGCUCUCAACUUCGUCCUCGCCGGCCGCGACACCUCCUCCGUCGCGCUCAGCUGGUUCUUCUGGCUAGUCAUGAACAAUCCGCGAGUCGAGCAGAAGAUCGUCGAUGAAAUCUCCUCCGUUCUAACGGAAACGCGCGGCGAAGAUCGGGAAAAAUGGAUCGAAGAGCCGCUGGUGUUCGAUGAGGCGGACAGAUUGGUUUAUCUCAAGGCGGCGUUAGCCGAAACGCUCCGUCUGUAUCCGUCGGUGCCGGAGGAUUUCAAGUAUGUCGUCUCCGACGAUGUUCUCCCCGACGGAACUUAUGUCCCGGCCGGAUCCACGGUGACGUAUUCUAUAUACUCCGUCGGGAGGAUGCAGAGCGUGUGGGGAGAUGACUGCUUGGAGUUCAAACCGGAGAGGUGGCUCGCGGCCGCCGGAGACCGGUUCGAAACGCCCAAAGAUGGCUACAAGUUCGUGGCGUUCAAUGCCGGCCCCAGAACCUGUUUAGGCAAGGACUUGGCGUACCUGCAAAUGAAAUCGGUGGCCUCCGCCGUGCUCCUCCGUUACCGGCUCUCCCUGAUGGCCGGCCACCGCGUUGAGCAGAAGAUGUCUUUGACUCUGUUCAUGAAGAAUGGGCUGAAAGUUUACAUGCAUCCACGUGAGCUCGAGCCCGCGGCUUAUAGGGCCGCCAUAUCUGCAUGAACAUCAAGAACGAUAUGAUCAAUUCUCAUAAAGGUAAAGUAUAUAUAUAAUAUAAUUAUGUAAUUUGAUUCUUAAUUGUAAUCCGCAGAGUGUUUGUUCUGUUUGUUUAAUUUCCAGUUCAACAAUGGUAUACUUCAUAUUUUACUUACUCGAAAUUUAGGUGGCUGAGAAGAUGUUGUCUUCUACAUCCAUAGCAGGGUCUUAAUUGAUGUUCAUAUACUUCAUCCUUCAUAUGUUUCUCCAAAUUAUAAUAAAAGUCAUUAUUCUUGAUAUCCCA